UUUAGUUCCAUAAAUCAAUACUUCCAACAUGCCGAGUGGGAACCAAGUGGAAAAGCGCAGCAGGAAACCAGCCAGUAGGUAUUCACCGGAAUCUGAACCAAAGCGUAGGAAUAUUCCAAACAAUCCAUCUCCCGAAAAACCUGUAUAUAACAAAGAUCUUAUGAAAAGAGAUGCCCGGCAAACAAGAUCGCAGCCCGGCAAUCACGUGGGGAUCGGCCGUGGAAGGGGAAGGCCCAUUAAUUUUGAAAAUUGCAGUUCCGGGCCCGUCGUUGGUGAGGCUCAAGCCUGUCAACGUCCACCAAAUCCAAGUGGCAGGGCCACUUUUCACAGAAAAAGAUCAGUUUCUCCAUUGCCAGGUGUUUCGAAUAAUUACCAUCAUGGAACACCUAAACCAGCAGAAGAUCAAGCAUUAAAUAAAUCGGCGAAAAAAGUUGUAAAAAAAACAUCAAAUCCUACCGUCAAAGCCGCAGUCAAUUCUUCAGCCAAAUCUGCAGACAAUUCUUCAGCCAAAUCCGUGUCAAAAGCUGGCUCGAAAUCUAAUCAUCCCAAACCAUCAUUGUCACCGGAUAUGUUUGAUGCAUCACCAUCACAACCUCAGCAACCUUGUCCGAGUGAUGAUGAUGCAAAUGCUCAACAAAUAGAAUUAAGCAACAGCAGAGACAGCUCAUCGGAUUCAAGCAAAGAAUACUUACCUCAAAAGUACAACAGAGAAGAUGAUGAUGGAACGGGUGAUGAAGAAGCUAGUGAUGUGGAUCAGCAAACAGGUUUUGCUGAGAAUGAUCGGGACAUACCUGCAUCCAAUUUCUCUAGCACACCUAAAACAAAUAUUAACAAAAGAAGAUCUCGACUGGAGUUCGGGCAUGAUGAAGACGAUCAAAGUGAAGCUGCUCCCCAACAUGAAAAAAUCCGAAUAGAAUUCAACCAAGACUCUCUUUUAAAACUAUUCCAAAUGUUACCGAAGAUGCACUCCACAAUGAACGAGGUUUUACGGCGCCAAGAAAAUAUGAUGAGGCAUCUGAAAAUGCUUGAUCAAAAAAUGGAAGCCAUCACAAGUAAACUAGCAGGCGUCACAAACAAUGCUGGACCAUCUGAAUCGGAGCACGUUGCUAGAUUGCUUUUAAAACUACCGCUAAACUCAGUUAACGAAAUGACUGAAUUUGUUGGAGAAAUCAAUGAUGCGAUUGCUGAUAAAAGCAUUACGAUUGGGUAUUUAGUAAGUAAAAAUUAA